CGUCGACGGCGCCGACGUUGUUCGAUAUCGAUAUAUACGUGGACAGGGAGAUGUUCCGUCGCCGCGUUUCCGCUCGUUCGUGCUGCCUACGCGAUCGUUAACACGACCAAAGCUGGAAAUUGAUCGAUCGAUGCUGAAGGAAACAGAUCUCUCGUCGUGCUGGUCGCGGGUCUCAUCGGGACGAUGCGUCGCGAGUAGCGGCUGGUCUGCAUUGUCGCACAAGGAAUCAUCGGCAACGGUGUCCGCAAUUAAUCCGCGCGUUAACGCGAGCCCCUAAUUAAGCCGCUCGAAUCUGCAGGCGGCGGGCAACUAAUUAAUCACCACCACCGUCACCACCGCCGUCGUCGUCGUCGCCUCGAUCAGCCUUAUCGACCGGCGACCUUAUCCGGCGAGAAGAGCUACUCGACGUCGUGCAUAGAUAUAGGGCCACGGUCACCGCGAGGAAUGCCUCCGUUUGUACACGCGCCCCGAUAAGACGGGAAAAGAGCAGUCCGAGGUCGCGCGACGAGGAGUCGCGGCGCCGCGACGAUGCGGAAAUAUGAGACUUCCCAAGGACGAAUCCUACCGUCGUCGUCCUCGCCGUCGUCGUGGCCGACGCUGCAUCGCCGAUGCAACUUACACCGGCCGUCGACGCCCACGUCCGACGUUCAUUGAGGAAAAAUGGGUGCCAAUCAGUCGACCCGAAGUGCUCCCACUCCCGGAGAAGAAGGUCUGCAUCGUGCAGAAACGCGACAGUACCGGGAAUAUGUACGCCAUGAAGUAUGUACAUAAAAACGAGUGCGUAGAACGGGGCGCCCUGAAGAACGUUGCGAGGGAAGUGGAGAUCCUGUCGAAGUUGGAACAUCCUUGCCUGGUGAACUUAUGGUUCAGUUUCCAAGACGAGGAGGAUCUCUUUAUGGUAUCGGAUUUACUUUUGGGUGGCGAUCUGAGAUACCACAUUCAGCAGGAGAUUGUGUUCAGUGAAGAGAGCGUCGUACUAUUCGUGGCCGAAAUCGCGCUGGCGCUCGAUUACCUGCAGACUCACAGGAUUAUCCAUCGGGACAUCAAACCGGACAAUAUACUGCUGGACGAGGAGGGCCAUGCUCAUGUGACGGACUUCAACAUCGCAACCGUGUUAGAAGACGGCCAGCUGGCGACUUCGAUGUCCGGAACAAAACCGUAUAUAGCUCCCGAGAUUUACAUGUGCUCGUGCGAGGAAUACGGCGUCCUUGGCUACGGAUUCGCCGUGGACUGGUGGAGUCUUGGGAUCCUCGCUUGGGAGACCUUAACCAUGGAAAGACCGUAUCCGCUUCACUCCACUACGUCCAAUAGAGAGGCUCUGAGGAUUCUACAGGAACAAAGACCAAAACCAUCUCACUGGAGCUCGUCGAUGCGUCAUCUCCUGGAUCGACUACUAACCCUGGCGCCGGGUGCUCGAGUGUCGUCUUUGAAGGAACUGAAACGGGCGAGCGCGAUGAAAGCGUUAGACUUCGAUAAGGUGCUAAAUAAGCAGAUCAAACCGCGGUUCAUCCCACCAAAAGAUCACCUGAAUUGCGACCCCACCUUUGAGCUCGAGGAAAUGAUAAUCGAGACAAAGCCUCUGCACAAGAAAAAGAAACGCCUGGCUAAACAGAGAUCAUUAAGGGUUGAACUCUCAGCGGAGGAUGCAGGCUUAUUCGUGGAGGGCGCCGGACCGAGCGCAGAGGCGCGAAGAUUAGCUUUUAUCCCAGAGUACCGAGUGUACAAUCGCGAGCGCGAAAUCGAGAGACAGGAAAGAGAGAAGAAGGAGAAACAAUGGGAGGAAGAACUGAACACUGCCAUGAAGGGUGCCGAAGAAAGACUCAAAACAAAGCAGCAGCAUCUGCCGGCCCAGCGAACCGGAAACCGACUGAGUGUCUCGACGACGAGCGUCAAAGCACGCAUAAGCGCGUCGCCGAGGCAAGGUCGCCGUGCGAGCGCCACGACGUCCUCGGACAUCGACUUCAUCGACGCGAGUCCAGAGCCUAGUACGUCUUAGAUCGGCAAGACCACGUUGCGACCGAGCCUUGUCUGCGACGUGGAAGGCUGCUUUAACAAAUGCGCCCUGAACUCCAACCGACCCCGACACUUUCAUUCACUUCAUUGACUCAGUAAAAAUAUGUCUCUGAUGUAUCAUAAUUAUCUACUUAGUUUUUUUUUCUUGAAACGGCACAUCCACGACUCGAGGGAAUGGAACUUUAUCGUCUUUGACGAUACAAAAGUUUAUUUUUCCGAAGAAGAAAACGAAAUUCGCCGGGUAUCCAUCUCAUUCGUGUCCUUUCGAGACGCUUAAAGCGAAGUUUUUAUAUUCUCUCCCCUUGGAACAGUAAGGACUUGUGUAAUUUUCUUGUGUGUUUUUCUAUAUAUCUGCCUAAUGUAUAGUGAUUUACCCUUUUAAUAGCUUUUCUAUUAACCUUCCGUCAAGGCUGCCGUGUUUGCUUCGAAAUGGAACUUUCAAAAUUCUGUAUACGUUCUAAAAACGGUUUCGAAAACUUUUUUAAUGAUAAGGUUGGUAGGUCGUAAUCUAACGUAGGUACGUUCCGACGAACGCUCACGCGAUUAGUUUCACAAAACUAUUCCUGUAUAUGAAAUUGUUUUCUACUAAUUAUAACAGCUGUGAAUUCUCCGAUGGUAAAGUGGACAGCGUGAAUUAGCUGAUCUAUUACGGAACGUAUCCAAGUUAAUUUAAAGUCUACCGACCUUAUAACUCGAACCGCAGUUUCCGAAAUAGAUUUCGGAACGUAUCCUGUAAUAGAUUUUCAUAUACUCACCGUUCGAUGUUCGAUUUGAUCAUUUUGAUAAACUUAUAUAACCCUUGUACAGUCAGCUGAUUGAAGAUUAUAACAUAUUUCCUCGAUAAAUUUCGUAACGCAUCCAAUAGAAAAAUUUUAUUUUAUUAAUCUUCAAGAAACUUGUUUGUUUGUAUGUCAUAGUUUGUUUGUAUAUAGUGACUGGAGUGUUGAAACUCCAUCCGUACAUGAUCCGAAAAAUAGAUAUAAAUCGAAAAUAACUUUAUCUUAUCCUAUAAUGUCUCUCGAAUCCCAGCGGGGGGUGCACGCUUAAUUAAUAUAUCAGGAAAUGUGCAUUUAAAGAAUUACUAUCCAAGGUUCAACAAUCUUCGACCAAUAACAGAAAAACAGGGGUUUGUUAUACUUGAAGAAAGAAAAUAAUGAAUAAUCGAGACGUCCACUUUAAUGUCGAAUUAACUCGAGCGGUGAAGUUUACUUUAACAAACUUUUCGUUACUCUGGAUUAGAGGGAGACCGAUCACGAGCUCUCGUUAGAAAAUUAGAUAAGUACAUCUUCGAAAUAAAAUAGUAUAAAUAAAUCGUUUCAAUAUAAACAUGUAAGUUCAAUAUAUACAUCAGUAUAUACAUCAUACGUCGUUUCUUCGGAAAAUAAUAUUUUUUACUUCGCUUUCGCUAAACAUCAAACAUUUAGGAUAAAUUAUUAACUAGAAAUAAGAACAAAGUUUUUUCUAACAGUGUUAAGAUUCAUGGCUACUUGUCGCGUUGUUAUCUUGAUUUAUGAUAUCAGAAGCAAAAAAGUACACAAGAUUCAUAUAUAUUUUGUCAAGAUUCUGACAAAAUAUGUUAGAAUAAAAAGAUAUACUCACAAAAUGACAUUUACAGUCGAUCAAAAAGAUUUAUAAAAUACUUCUAACACUUUUCUUUUGUUCUAUUGUUUGUAACAAUCCAUAGAUAACCGUACAAUUAACUUGCCAAAUUUAUGAGGAAAAAUAAGAUAGAUUAAAAGAGUUAAAACUUGCACGUUAAUUUUACUGUAAUUUAUUGAUUGUUAGAGCAAAAGAAAAGUUUUCGAACUAUUUUACAAAUCUGCUCAAUCGAUUGUGUCAUUUUAUGAAUACAUCUUUUUAUUCUAACAUACUUUGCAAAAAAUUAUUUUCUUCUGACGUCAUCAAUUGAAAGAUCCGCGGUGAGGAACCAAGAAUCUUAAAUGGAAGCACAACGAUAGAUACCUAAAAUGAGACACGUAUGCGACAAAAGAGAUGGGGGUAAAAAGGUUAGAUUUGAAAGAUCUACAAAAAAGAAUUUUAACACUACAAUUUAAAAGAUUCGAAUGCUAAGCAAAUUAAAAUAAGCGAGAAACAAAUUAUCACUUCUAUAUUUAAUGAGAUAUUGAGAAGUUUAAGACGCACGUUAAUCACGUUAAUUUCUUUGUUAAAGCGAUUGGGAACAAUGACCUCUCUCUCUCUACACAAUGUAGAUGUCUUAUACGAUAUAAAUAUAUAUGUAUAUACCAUAUAUGUUGUUUAGAAGACUGCGCUGUGUAUGUGCGAACUGAGAAUAAAAAUAUCUUUGACAUGUUAA